CCCAGAGCUUACUUCCGGCUUUCCCCUGAAAGUCGUCCGUCCACGGGUUCCUUUUUUCCCCUCUUCUUUGCUCGUUUCCCUCCGACGGGUACAAGCAGAAGGACAGUUUCCGCUUCCGGCGUCGUGCUUGCGGGCUGGAGCNGUUGCUGCCGUGAGUCCGAGUGCUUUCGCGAGCCCCGUCGGCGACGUCCGUCGGUUUCCCGGUUCGGUCGGUCCUCGACCUCCCUACAGGCUGCUCCCAGGCUNCGUCUGGGCUGGAAGGUAAGACUUAUUUGUAGUAGAUAAAUAGCCACCAUGGAGACCAAGGACCACAAGAAACAUAGGAAGAAGCACAGUGGGCCUAAAGCCGAGAAGAAAAAGAAACGGCACCUGCAGGACCUACAGCUUGGAGAUGAAGAGGAUGCCCGGAAGAGAAACCCCAAAGCUUUCGCAGUGCAGUCAGCUGUGCGGAUGGCGCGGUCCUUUCACAGGACUCAGGACUUAAAGACGAAAAAGCAUCACAUUCCAGUGGUUGACAGAACUCCACUGGAGCCCCCACCAAUAGUGGUAGUGGUGAUGGGACCUCCAAAAGUUGGAAAGAGCACUUUGAUACGAUGCCUGAUUCGGAAUUUUACCAGACAGAAAUUGAGUGAGAUCAGAGGCCCUGUGACAAUUGUGUCAGGUAAAAAGCGCAGACUUACAAUUAUUGAGUGUGGGUGUGACAUCAAUGUAAUGAUUGAUCUAGCUAAAGUAGCAGAUCUGGUGCUAAUGCUUAUAGAUGCCAGCUUUGGGUUUGAGAUGGAGACAUUUGAGUUUCUAAACAUCUGUCAAGUACAUGGGUUUCCUAAAAUUAUGGGAGUUCUCACCCAUUUGGACUCCUUCAAGCAUAACAAGCAACUUAAGAAGACAAAGAAGCGGUUAAAGCAUAGAUUCUGGACAGAAGUCUACCCGGGUGCCAAGCUAUUCUACCUUUCUGGAAUGGUGCAUGGAGAGUAUCAGAACCAAGAGAUUCACAACCUGGGCCGGUUUAUUACAGUUAUGAAGUUUAGGCCUCUCACAUGGCAGACUUCUCAUCCUUACAUCUUGGCAGACAGGAUGGAAGAUUUGACAAAUCCUGAGGAUAUCCGCACAAACAUCAAGUGUGACCGAAAGGUGUCUCUUUAUGGUUAUUUACGAGGAGCCUACCUGAAAAAUAACAGCCAGAUCCACAUGCCAGGCGUGGGAGAUUUUGUCNCCAGUGAUGUCAGCUUUCUCCCAGACCCCUGUGCUCUUCCGGAACAGCAAAAGAAGCGCUGUUUGAAUGAGAAGGAGAAGCUGGUUUAUGCGCCUCUCUCUGGGGUUGGGGGUGUGCUGUANGACAAAGAUGCUGUCUAUGUCGACCUAGGUGGCAGCCAUGGCUUCCAGGCAGCGGAAGAAACAGGCCCUACGCAUGAACUGGUCCAGAGCCUCAUCUCCACCCAUGCCAGUAUCGAUGCUAAGAUGGCUUCAAGUAGAGUGACACUUUUCUCUAAUUCCAAACCUCUGGGGUCAGAAGACAUAGAUAAUCAAGGUGCGGACGCACAGAAGCCUUCCCCAGUGAGAAAAGCAGCCCUCACCACUUCUGACUCUGGCCACUGUACAGCCGAGGAGGCGCUUCCAUCUGAGGAUGAGUCUGAAGACUCUGGGCUCAGUGCAGAGGAAGAAGACUCGGAACCCAGAGAGCUUAGGGGGAAGCUUGCACUCCCUCAGCGGGACAGCGGACAGAAACCUGCGUCGGGGAACCUGGUUGAUGAGACCAGCGACAUUGAAAGUUUACUCAAAGAGGAAGAAGAUUACAAGGAGGAAAACAGCAGCUCUGUAGAAACGUCAGGUGCUCUGAAGUGGAAGGAAGACCUCUCCAGAAAAGCAGCAGAGGCCUUUCUCAGGCAGCAGCAAGCAGCUCCGAAUCUUCGAAAGCUGAUUUAUGGGACAGUGACAGAGGAUAAUGAAGAUGAAGAUGGAGACACCGCAGAAGAGCUUGGAGGGCUGUUUCAUGUCAGCCAGCCAGAUAGAGGGUGUAAGCACAAGGCUGACUCUCUGGACUGCUCCAGAUUUCUUGUGGAGGCUCCUCAUGAUUGGGAUUUAGAGGAGGUGAUGAACAGUAUCAGAGAUUGCUUUGUGACUGGGAAAUGGGAAGAUGAUAAAGAUGCAGCCAAGAUCUUAGCAGAGGAAGAGGACCUCUAUGGUGACUUUGAAGACCUAGAAACGGGGGACGUGCACAAAGGAAAACCAAGCCCGGAUACUCAGCUUAACCAGGCUGAGUUUGAAGAUCAAGAAGAUGAAACCAGAGUUCAGUAUGAGGGGUUUCGACCUGGAAUGUAUGUUCGAAUUGAGAUCGAAAACAUCCCUUGUGAAUUUGUGCAGAACUUUGACCCACACUACCCAAUUAUUCUGGGUGGUUUGGGCAAUAGCGAGGGCACUGUGGGGUAUGUGCAGAUGCGCAUCAAGAAACAUCGUUGGUAUAAGAAAAUCCUCAAGUCUCGAGACCCCAUUAUUUUUUCUGUAGGAUGGAGGAGAUUUCAGACCAUCCCAUUAUAUUACAUUGAAGACCACAAUGGAAGACAGAGGCUUCUAAAGUACACCCCCCAGCACAUGCAUUGUGGGGCGACUUUCUGGGGUCCUAUCACCCCACAAGGAACUGGAUUUUUGGCAAUACAGUCUGUCAGUGGUGUAAUGCCUGAAUUUCGGAUUGCUGCCACUGGAGUUGUCCUUGACCUGGAUAAAUCCAUAAAAAUUGUGAAGAAAUUAAAACUAACUGGUUUUCCUUUUAAAAUAUUCAAGAAUACUUCAUUUAUUAAGGGAAUGUUUAAUUCUGCAUUGGAAGUAGCCAAAUUUGAAGGUGCUGUCAUUCGAACUGUCAGUGGAAUAAGGGGGCAGAUCAAGAAAGCACUCCGGGCUCCCGAAGGAGCCUUCCGCGCUAGCUUUGAGGACAAGUUGCUAAUGAGUGUUUUAAGUACAUAUAGGUUAUUCUUUAAAUAUGUCAUGUCUGUUUUUUUUCCUUUUCAGCCAAUCCUGAGACAAAAGAAACAUUUUAAUUCACUGCAUAUUCCCAAAGCCUUGCAGAAGGCUCUGCCAUUUAAGAACAAACCCAAGACUCAAGCAAAGGCAGGCAAAGUGCCGAGGGACAGGCAGAGACCGGCCGUCAUACGUGAACCUCAUGAGAGAAAGGUCCUGGCUCUGCUAGAUGCUCUGAGCACAAUACACAGUCAGAAAAUGAAAAAGGCCAAAGAGCAGAGACGCCUGCACAACAAGGAGCAUGUGAAGAUGAAGCAGAAGGAGGAAGAGGACAAGCUGAGGCGGCAGAAGGACCUGAGGAAGAAGCUCUUCCGGAUGCAGGGUCAGAAGGAGAAACGAAGUCAGAAGUCUAGUCUGAGAGGAGCUGAGGAUACCUGAAUGGAGGGGUGUCUUCCAGAGCUGCAGCCGUGAUGGCUUCAGUGCUUGUGACAAGUCAUGACGAGAGCUUGUUGAGACUCUGGGAUGUGUGGUCCCGCCGUGCCUGGAGGAACUGUAGAAAGCCUGCUGGUGGCAUCCGUGCUCAUUCACAGCAUCCAGCAAGUCACAGUUCAAGGCUGGGAAACUUGGGGCUUUGUGAAUUCACUCAUUGGUUCUUCCCGUCUUGGUUUAUUUUGUGCUAUAAAAAUAUUAAACUAUUUUCCCAUUAA